AUGGCUCCUUCGCUUCCUCCGUCGCUCCAGGAGAGGCGUGACAAAACCAAGGUCGAGUACGUGCGACUCGGCGUAUCCGGCCUCCAUGUCUCUGUCCCAAUUGUACUAGAUGAAGAUGACUCAAUCGAGAUCCUCAAAGCUGCUUAUGAUAGGGGUAUGAACACCUGGGACACGGCAGACAUGUACUCAAACGGUAUCAGUGAGGAGGUCAUUGGAAAAGCAUUGAAGAAACAUAACCUUCCGCGCGAAAAACUUGUCAUCAUGACCAAAUGCUGCAUUCACGUGGCUGAUCAGCCGGAUAUCUUUACGCCUCCUCUCCAGCAAGAGAUGUCACAGAUGAAGGAUUAUGUUAAUAGAGGAGGUCUCUCCCGAAGUGCCAUCUUCAAGGCAGUUGAAGCGUCCCUCCAUCGCCUGGGGACCGACUACAUCGAUCUUUACCAGAUUCACCGCUUUGACCCAUGUACGCCAGUCGAGGAGACGAUGCGAGCUCUGCACGAUCUAGUUGUAUCAGGGAAAGUACGCUAUAUUGGUGCCUCCUCGAUGUGGGCAACGCAAUUCGCGCGUAUGCAAUCCGCAGCAGAGAAGAACGGCUGGACCAAGUUUAUCAGCAUGCAGAAUCACUACAAUCUGUGCUACCGAGAGGAGGAGAGAGAAAUGAUUAGGUACUGCAAUGAAACUGGCGUGGGGCUCAUCCCGUGGUCACCUAACUUUGGUGGCAAGUUGGCAAGACCCCUCGGAGACAGAACGUCCACAAGGGCGCAAACACCUUCACCUGUCGGCAGUGGGCUUACCAAGGCGGACGAGGAAAUCAUCUCUCGGGUGGAGCGCGUAGCAGAACAAAAAGGCUGGAAGAUGAGCCAAGUCGCGCUUUCCUGGCUCCGCAGCAAGGGAACAGUACCAAUUGUCGGGUUAGACUCACUGUCAAGACUUGAGGAAGCCUGUGACCUGCGCGGAAGGAAGCUGACUGCAGACGAGGUAAAGUUUUUGGAAGAGCCCUAUGUGCCUAAGAAUAUAAUUGGACAUGUCUGA